AUGUCGGAGCAAGAACGGACCGCUGCCGAGAACUUUAUGUUGAGGAUAAACUGGCUGUAUAGGCCCAAGGAUAUAUCGAAACAUGCUUCUGAUACUCGGUUGUUAUAUGCUACGAUGCACAGCGAUGUUUUGCCGCUACAGAGUGUUCGCGGAAAGUGUACUGUUAAAUUAAGGGACCAUAUCGAUAAUAUGGAGGAGUAUAGGGCCACUCCAGAUUGUUUCUGGUUUGAUAAGCUGUAUGACCGGUAUAUUUUAAGGUUUUACGAGGUUGUGGCUACAGAACGGAUCACUAAUAUCCCGAAAAAAAUGUACGAUAUUCUCACCAGCAGAUUUAAGUACGCUAUUGUCGAGAUUGGUAGAGGGAAGGAACUGUGUGAGAGUCCCAAGAACUGCGAGAAGUGUUCUCAAUGGUGCUCGCCUGAUGAUUCGGUUCAGUGUGCUCAUUGUAAAGACUAUUAUCAUAUGCUGUGUGUAGACCCGCCAUUGAGCAGAAAGCCCACUCGUGGUUUCGGCUGGUCGUGUGCUAAAUGCAGUGGCGCUCUUGAACGAAAACUCGAAGAAAAUAAAGGCAUUGUCAGUAACCGGAUCUCUUUUGAUGCAGUUUUAAGUCCUGCCAGUGGGUCAGGUUCUGGUUCGGGUUCUGGUUCAGGCUCACCGGCUACGAACUCGAUUCAAACUAAUUCAGUUGGUGCUGUGACGACUUCAGCAGUGAAUGGGGAUUCUGGAGCUGGAGGUGUUAGUGCUAGAACAGAGUCAAAUACUGCAUCUCCAACGUCGGCUGCCUUUUCUCGGUCGCCGUCUAGCCAGCCGGUAUCACGGUAUGAAGAGCUUGAAGCGGCUCUGUCGUCUGAUCAUGUCAAGAAGAAGCUUACAAAGGAACAAGAACAUCAGCUGAAACUAUGGCCAUUCCGGUAUUUGGGAGUUCAUUCGAAAAUGGAGGAUAUUUUAGAUACAGAUGACCGCAUUUACCCUCGAGCUGCUUCAAGACUAGGCAGUAAACAUCAGGCCAAUGUGGCUGACUGGCCAGGACGGCCUGUAAUCUACUACGAGCCAGAAAAGAUCGAGAAAAAGUCGAAAAAGGGCAAGUCAAAAACGAAAGUCGAGGCAAUAGCUGUAACGGCGCCCGUCACACCGAUCGAGGAAACGCCGCCUGGUGCGGUGACCCCUGUAUUUAUUCCCAAAAAAGACCGAGAACCAUGGAUGCAAGAGAAGCCUUCAGGCUAUAUUGAGCGUGGUGGAGAUACUACUUCUACUCUUAUGUGGAAAAUGGACACUUCUCCAGGUGGUGAGGAAAAGCUUCAAGCCUUUUUGCAGCAGACAGUGCCGUUUGCCCAGUCUCUGUCAUUAGCUCCAGAUUCGCCUAACUUUAUCGAUGCCUGUCUCCAAGCAUAUUUAGACAGUAGCUAUGAUGGUAGCGAGGCUUUGAAAGAGGUUGCUAAAUUGACAAGGAAGUCACUCAAAGAACCCACGUUCACAGCCCAAGAGAAAAAGAGGUUCGAAGAUGGUGUCCGCAAAUACGGUAGUGAGCUUCACCCUGUAUAUAAAGAAGUCAGAACCAAGUCAAGCGCUGAUGUUGUUCGAUACUAUUAUAUGUGGAAAAAGACACCUUCGGGCCAUGAAAUCUGGGAUAAUUACGAAGGUAGGAAGGGCAAGAAGAAACACAGUGUACAUACUACAGAUGAUGGUUUGACUGACGAAGUGGCCGAUAGUAAAGAUGAUGCUGCUUAUGAUAACGAAAAAAUCAGACGGUUUAACAGAACACUGGUGUGCAAAUUUUGUGAGACUAACACGUCUCCUGCUUGGAGGAGGGCACCUGGCCAUCCGGUGGCUGGUAAAGAGGAUCCUAUUAUUGCAUUGUGCAUCCGAUGUGCUUUACUCUGGAAGAAGUAUGCGGUAGAGUGGGAGCCGCCAGAAGAUGUUAUGAAGAAAAUCGUUCAACGGAGUGGCAAUGGUGUCAAGCGCAAGGUUGAAGAGGAGCUGAUUCAUGAUGCACAAAUGAUUCUUGCUGAGAGAGAUAGAGAAGCUGAUCGAAGCAGAAAGAGGAUCAAGGUUGAGAAGGUGGACAAACUAGACAAACCUGAGAAGCAGGUCAAAGCUGAGAAGGUUGAAAAGUCUGCAAAAGAACCGGUCAAGAGUAAAGACGCCACAAAACCAAAGGACGCUGUAAAAUCAAAAGACCAAGCAAAACCCAAGGAAAAUGGGAAACAACGGGAGAAGAGUCUAUCUCAGACUCCUACACCUACACCAACACCUGCUCCUACUGUGAAAACACCUUCUGCUGGUACUUCAACUCAGACGGCUAAUACCAAAGAGAGAAAGAAAUCUGCCACCGAAACUACUAGUGCUAAAGUGAGUGUCAAACUGCCAAAACCUUCCGGUGAUGGUUUGGUUAGGAACAACUCAAAAGCCUCUGUGCUUGAAGAAUCUGUUAACAACUCGUCUGAUUACGAUAGUUCUCUUGUCGAAUCCAAACCCGCUGAUCGUGUUUCUGAGAAGGAAUUCAAAUUUCUCAAGAUCAAACCAUCCAAUGAAGCCAAGUCGGAAGUUAAAUCAUCGAAGUCCAAAAAGAAUAAGAUCUCACGACCCUGUGCAGUGUGUGGCGGAGUUGAUCCAUUGACGGAGCAGUUAUUUUGUCAAUCUUGUGCGUUAAAUGUCCACGCUCGAUGCUAUGGAACAACCGAUCGUGUUGGUUGGUUGUGUGACCCGUGCAGUAACGACCAGAAGCCAUUUAUCUCUACUACUUAUAGCUGUCUUCUGUGCCCAGUUCGAGAUGUCACCUUCUACAAUAAUGACAAUCCUUCUGCGAAGACAACUUCUGCUCCAGACACAGUCAAGCGAACCACGGACAACAACUGGGCUCAUAUCAGAUGUUCAGUGUUCCAACCGGAAAUCAAGUUCGGCAAUACCCAGACCUUACAACCAGUGGAUGAUAUUUAUAAGAUCCCAGAAGAACGAUUUAAACAGGUUUGUGCAAUCUGUGGAUCGGUAUCAGGUGCUUGUGUAAGUUGUUCGCUGUGUCCGACCUCGUUCCACGUUGGCUGUGCCUAUAGAAACCACUUUACAUUUGGGUUUGACUUUCAGUCUGCCAAGGGUAAACGAGGGGGUCAGAAAACCGUCAAGUAUGGUGAUAAAUCAGGUGUGAUGAGUGCUGUGAUUUUGUGUCCUAAUCAUUCCCCCAAAAAGCUUAUUGGCUUGGAUGAUAUUGAUCCCAGUACUGGCAAGUCAGCUCUGCAGAUUUACUGCGAAGGAUACAAAUCAGCAGAUAAUGAACUGACUGGCGCAAUGAAGCGAGCUUCAUUAUACCCAACCACCACCAAGGUUUCUCGGUCAACAGCCCCAGCACCACCAACAGCUACUACCAUGCAUACAGCUCUUGCUCUGGUGCUGUCAUCAUUUAGGGAUCUUCAUGACUCUGAAUAUGGCCGGUUUGAACAAACAUGUCACCAGUGUGGAUACUCUAAAGCAGCUUUUUGGAUUGAAUCUCAAGAGCAUAAGCUUCAAUGUCCACCAUGUUAUUGGAAGGACAAGGAUAGAGAAGCUUUUACAGAGGCAUUUUCCGACGAAAGGAUUGUUCUUGCUGACAACUCUACCCGCUACAAAGAAAUAUCGAUUGAGGAAUUUGGCAAAAGGGAAAUUCCUAAGGCGGUGAAGAUCGAGCCUGAUAGCAUGGAAGUUGACGAGCCAGUCGAGAUUGAGCAAACAAAGGGGGAAUCAGAAAGUAUGGAUGUAGAUAGUGGCAGCAGUUUUACUACUAGUUCAGACAAGCAGGAUGAAGUCAAAGAGAAUCUCACUAUCCGACAGCCUGUUCAACAGCCUCUUGAACAGUCACAGCAGCAAGUUCAGGCUCCUGACAGAGCUUCUAAUCAAUCAACUGAGCUGCCGUUGCCAAUCCAGGAAUCUGAUCAGCCAUCCGAGCUACCUUUGCCAAUCCAAGUAGCUGACCAGCCACAGAAUUCUGACCAGAUUCCAGACGCAGUCCCUGAAGAAUCGAAACUGGUCAUUCAGACCACAACUGACGCCCAAGAUCUAACAGAGUCAGAAGCUCCAGAACAAGUCAAAGACACUAAUGGUCCUGUCGAGGUUAAUGGAACUGACAAAUCUCAACCGGCUGGUGUCACUCAAACAGCAACAACCGAUCUUCCUUCACAGCACACUCAGGCUCCAGUUGAAUCUGAUAUCUAG